GGCGGGGCAGGCGGGGUGGAAUCGGUUGGCCGCAGCUCCGCACCUCCCGGGCCCAGUGCUUUCAACUCAACUGAAAUGGAUCCCAUCCUGGAAACUGUCUCUAUAGAGCGUCGGAGCAAAGAAUCUGGAGAAACGGCGAUGAAGGAGCAAUCUUUUGCAGGAGCAGAAACGGAAGAAGGAGCCGAAGGAGCAGGAAAGCCAAUCAGUCUGGUUCAGCCUCUACACAUGACGGAGAUACCAGCAUGUGGAACGUCACAAAAAAUCAAAGUGGAGCCUUUGGCGGGGACGGAAGACCACUGGGAAGCCCAGUGGCAGGAGUUCCUGAGGACGCUCCAUCCAGGAAGAGGUGGAAACCCCCUGACGAUGUCAGAGGCUUCCCCCUGGGAAGACCCCAAGGCCUUCCUGGCCUCCUUCGAACAGGUGGCUACAGCCUGCCGGUGGCCCAGAGGAGAAUGGACGGCCCGUCUCCGGCCAGCUCUGAGCAGAGGAGUGGAAGAAGCCUGCCGGACCCUGGAAGACCGAGACCAAGAGGAUUAUGGGAAAGUCAAGGCCGCCAUCUUGCGAACGGAAGCCCUGAGGACGGAGAAGCAGCGACAGCAUUUUCGGCAGUUCUGCUGCCAGGAGGUGGGAGACCCCCGGAGGAUCCACAACCAACUCCAGGAGCUUUCUUGCCAAUGGUUGAGGCCGGAGAGACGCACCAAGGAGCAGAUCCUGGAGCUGCUGAUCUUGGAGCAGUUCCUGGCCAGCCUCCCAUCAGAACUCCAGAGCUGGAUCCGGGCAGGAGGACCAGACACGUGUUCCCAGGCGGUGGCUCUGGUGGAGGACUUCCUGGUGGGCCAGCAAGACCCCAAGCCAGGCAGGUGGCAGAGGCCAUUAAAGGAGAAUCGCAGGGAUUUCGUGGAGCUACCUGAAGAGGCUGAGAGCAGAAGCUUUAAAGGUGGCCAUCAAAGAGGCCUUGGAAUCCAAUCUCCAAAUGAAGCUAAUUCGUCUCUUUCUCCAGAAGAACAAGGCAGGGUCCCAAAUGGUGAGAGAAAGAGCUGUACAGAACCACCCCAGAUGGUUGCGCCUUUGCAAAUUGUCAAGAGACACCUCACCCAGCCGAGCCAAGAGACCUUCGCUUGGAAAGUCCUCCAAGGGGAUCAUGGGAACGCUGGCGGUUUGGGUGAUGGAACGAGAAGUUUGGUGAAAGUGGAGAAUAUUCAGGAUGGAGAAAAGAAACCGGGAGAGGCACACGAGAGCCUUCCGCUGUUGAAUUUGGGGAACGUAGCACCAGCUGUGGAAACACUGGAGGGAAACAGUGAAUCCCAAACCCAGAUCGAACGUGCUCGGCGUGUUGGGAGUUGUACGGCUGCCAUUCUCGAAAGUACUACAAAACCCCCUUGGGAUAAAAUGCCAUCGUUCUCCUGUUACGGCAGAAAAUACCGCUACAGAUUUGAACUUGGGAUGCAAUAUUCCGGGGAGGAAUGCAAAAUGCGCCCUUUGUCGGAGGAAAACCUGCCACAUAAUUCAUAUUUUAAUAAACCGGAAAAAAUCCUAACGGCGAAUCGAAGCCACGAAGUCUCCGAACGCGGGAAAGGGAGCAGUCUGAAGAUCUUUCCGACCCUCCGUGCAGAUUGGAAGCCGAAGAGCGGCGCCGAAAGCGGGAAGAAUUUUUGUUACAUGCAGCCGCUGAAAAGAACUCAAGACCCCGGGACUGAAGCGAGAAUCAAUAAAUGCUCCCAGUGUGGGAAAUGCUUCACCCAGAAGGGGGAUCUGAAGAAUCACCAGCGCAUUCACACCGGCGAGCAACCGUACGAAUGCUCUUACUGCGGAAAAUGCUUCAACCAGAAGGGAAAUUUAAAGACCCACCAGAGGAUUCAUACGGGAGAGAAACCUUACAAAUGUUUGCAGUGCGGGAAGUGCUUUAUCCAGGCGGUCCUUUUGAAGAACCAUCAAAGGACUCACACGGGAGAGAGACCCUACAAAUGCUCUCAGUGCGGGAAAGGUUUCAACCUGGGAGGAGACUUAAAAAAGCAUCAGAGGAUACACACGGGCGAGAGGCCGUACAAAUGUUCUCUUUGCGGGAAAGACUUCAGCCAGAUGGGAAAUUUGAAGAAGCACCAGACCAUUCACACAGGGGAGAGAUGAUAAAGAUGGUCACGGUGCCUCAAAAGCAUGAGCUGGUGUAAAGCGGGGAUCGCCAACCGUGGCAGCGUUAAGACUUGUGGACUUCAACUCCCAGAAUUCCUCCGCCAGCCCAUGCUACGUUGGCAGCUCGAAGAUGUGUGGCCUUCAACUUCCAGAAUGCUUGCUGGCGGAGGAAUUCUGAGAGUUGAAGUCAGGGGUGAAAUUCAGCAGGUUCUGACAGGUUCUGGAGAACCGGUAGUGGAAAUGUUGAGUAAUUUGGAGGACCGGCAAAUACUACCUCUGGCUGGCCCCAGAGUGGGGUGGGAAUGGAGAUUUUGCAAUAUCCUUCCCCCAGGAGUGGGGAGGGAAUGGGGAUUUUGCAGUAUCCUCCCCCUGCCGCACCCACCAAGCCACACCCACAGAAUCAGUAGUAAAAAAAAUUGAAUUUCACCACUGAUUGAAGUCCACAAGUCUUAACGUUGCCAACGUUGGAGAACCCUGGUGUAAGGAAUAUGAGAAUAAUUACCAGACAAAAAAAUCCUUCCACCCAGAGAAUGUUUGAAAAUUUAUAAUAAUAAUACCAAAAACACUGUAAUAUUUAAAAAGUAUCUUUCUUUAAAUAGACUGUCCUCAAAAGUGACCCUAACCCAGUGUUUUUCAACUAUGGUGACUUUAAGAUCUGUGGACUUCAACUCCCAGAAUUCCCCAGCUAGCUGGACUUGCUGAGGAAUCCUGGGAGUUGAAGUCCACAGAUCUUAAAGUUGCCAAGGUUGAGAAACACUGCCCUAACUCCAGCUUCACUUAAAUACUCUUAACCCUAAAGCGGUGUUUGUCAAUCUCAAUAACUUUUAAGACGAGUCUGAACUUCAAUUCCCAGAAUUCCCCAGCCAGCAGGCAUUCUGGGAGUUGAAGUCCACACAUCUUCAAGCUGUCAAAGUUGAGAAAGUUUGGCUAACAAUGUAAGUAACUGAGAGCUCUUAUCUUUAUCUUGGCAUAUCAAAAUAAAUUAACUUGUCUCAAAAAAAAACACCUCUCCAGAUAAUAUUGUUUAGUUGUCUGCCUUGAUAAUAGACUUGGUUCUGAAAUGACAAUAUUACUUGUGUCAGCUUUAAUCCCAGGUUUUCUUGUUUUUAUGGGGUUUUGUCUCAAGGUGCCUAUACACAGGAACCUACUUUAUUAACAAUACUAUUUUAGCAGUAGAUAAGGGUCAGCAGAAUUCAAGAGAGGUUGGUUUUAGUCUGUUUGUAGCUAUGUAGAAAUUCUAGACUGAUUCUUCUUUUGACUCCACCCUUCAUUCUGCCAGUCGUUCUCGUACAGGUAAAUACUUUUUAUAACCCAGGUUCAAUGCAUCCACAGAACCCUUUC